AUGCUUCAAAAGCUUUUCAACCAAGAUGCUGGUCUUGGUAGCUGUGAAAAGCAGAUCAAACUUCUCACCGACAAGGUUGAAUCUGUAGAAGGCGCGGUAGAGGAGUUGACUACUGGGUCGGCGAAGCAAACUGAGGAAGAGGUUAAAGACAAUGUAGAGCCGACCCAGCAGCAGGUCACUGGAUCCAAGAAGCAUGAAGGGAUUAAUGUGAACGUUGGUGCGAGUGAGAGUGUUAAUGCACCCGGGGAUGCAAAAGGAAAGAAGGUUGCCUUGAAGGAAGAAGAGGACCCCAAGGCAAGCUUUUAUGAAGUUGACCCGAAGACGUGUGAUGCUGACUUCGACGCAGUUGCACUUGCCAAAAAUACCAAAGCCAGAGCAGCGGCUCAGAUAGUUGCCCGAGCAACGAGUGCCAAAAACCGACAGCUAGCUGCGACACAGAAGAGUCUUUUCUUAGGAAAUAGCACCGCAAAGGCUAUCAUUCCAACGUCGGCCUCUCGUUCCGGCCGUGUCCGUGGAUAUGAUCCUUUCGAUCAAACCGGUGUUAAGGAGAAGCAUACUACUCUAAUGAACUUUUUGAAAUCAAACCCUGCUUAUCCAAGACGUCCAAGAAACUCUUCGAUCGAAUGGUAUUACACUCUACGGACACCGAAGAAAUGGCUAGCUGAUGCGCACAUGGAAGCUUAUAUUAACUUACUCAGGCUGCGAUUAUCCAAGCAUCCGGAGUGGUUUGUAUCCGAUCGGAUUUGCUUCCUCAAAUCCAUGUUUGCUACGGUUUGGAGGCGUGACUACAAUGACUUCAAAAAAUCUGCCCCGAAUGAAGAUGGUUCUGGAAAACUUCUACCACCUAGCGUAUCGUACUUCACAGGCGAAUUACCUAUCUACUCCCAGACUAAAAAGAUGUGGGCCUAUGAAGUCAACUAUUUGUACUCAAUGUUGCACAUCAGGGGGGACCAUUGGAUCUGUGCACCUAAUGAAGACAAGUGGAGAUUCCCCUACACGCCUUUCACACAUUCGCGAGUACCAGGUACGGAGAUACCUCAAAACCAUCAGAGUGGUGAUUGUGGAGUCUACUGCCUGAAGUACAUUGAGUGUCAUGCUUUGGAUUUGCCAUUUCCUCCGCAACUUUGUGAUAAAAACAUGCGACUAAUCAGGAAGAAAAUGGCUGCAGAGAUCUUUGACGAAAUAGGUGCUAAGGGCCAUGAUAAGUUAGAUGCAACCGGGCUGGAUCUCUAUGAUAGCAAAGUUUAG